GCAAGAGCAACCUGAAUGGCGAAUGAAGGGAGGAAGCCGGGAUUGCCGGUGGAGGUCGAGCUCAUUCUGAAUGACAAGACAAGUCGGACCGGACGGCCGUGGAGGAACAAUCUCGCCGUCGCAUCCCUGAAGUACCCCUACCUAUUCAUCGGCUACGACGACCUCAUCCAUGUCUACCCCUCCCUCGGCCCCUUCACUGAGCCUUUAUACAUCCUCGAAAACCCCAACCACGACCCGCGUGCACGCGGCCACAUCGUUUCAGAGCACCCCCGCACCUUCAACGUCCUCGAACUCGGCCUCAUGGGCUCGGAUGAAGUACUCGCUGCCGCUGAUGAUUCAGGACAUGUAUGCGUCUUCUUCACCGGCAACUUCACCCGUUCACCCCUUCACUUCAAAGUUGGAAAAUCCGCGUGGAGUAUUAGCUUUGCGGGCGAGAGGCGGUUGAUGGCGGUUAGCAGUAACGAGCAUGUUGUCACGGUGUUUUAUUUGGGGGUUGGGGUGUAUGACUUCCCCAUCGAAGCCAAGGAGGUUCGGAAUGGAAUCGAAGUCAUGGUGCUCGAAGGCCACGACAACAAUAUCCCCGACUGCGCAUUCAACCGGGACGGUUCCCGAUUACUGACGGCUUGUAUCGACGGUACAGUGUUCUGGUGGAACAUCGACGACGGAACAGGAUGGCUCGAAUACGACGCCGGCGAACACGAGGAAACACCCUCAUGGUCCGUAACCUGGCUCAGCACCAAAGAUUUUCAAUGGAUGGGCACAGGCCGUGGCGGAACACCUGACGAACGAUCAAAACCUGAUCCAUUCCUCUCAGAUACCGGAACGGCGCUCGUGGGUAAUCUGCAUGAGCACCAACUAUGGAUGCACCCCGACCCUGACGCUUCUCUCUUCGGUGUCGAGGGGCCGGGGAGUCGGUUUUGUUACUGUGGGCGAUCGAACGGCGGGAUUCUCAUUGAGUGCGAUGGGAGUCAGUGCAAAUAUUCUGCUUUUCACCUUGGAUGUGUGGGGUUGAAGAUGGUCCCCCGCGGAAGCUGGUAUUGUCGCGAUUGUGUCGAAACCAUCUCCGACGAAACUUUCAAACUCUUCAUCAAAAACAGCUACCACACCACAUCCUCCUCGGACGACGACGACCAUAUCCGCGCGGACCUCGUCCCACAACUCCUCGACGCAGAAUUCUUCCUCGGAACCACAGACACGGACGUCUUCCUCGCCUCCCUCGAUACCGAUGCGCUCGGACUUCCGAAGAUACACGCAGCCAUCCGCGACGUCUUCGAACAACCCUCCAUCUCCCUUUCCAUACUACUUCGGCGCAUGAAUAUGACCUCCGUCAUCCCGGAAUUGAAUUUGGCUGUCGUCGGAACACAGAUGGGUGAAGUCUGCCUCGUCCGUCUCGUGUGGUACGGGGAUACACGAAACCCAACAUUUGCGUUGAAGCCAGAAUGCAUAUUACCGAAAGCCGAGGAUAGACCGGUGGGUAUGCGUGCGGGAACGAGAAGGGUGGAUGGGACGACGAUGUUGAUGGGGGUGGGCGUGCAGCCGUGUUCUGUUGACGAUCGGGAGGAUGCUGCCAGUGUUGAAAGGAGGAGAUGGAGGGUCUUCAUGGUCUACUUCGAUCAUGUCAAGAUCUACCAGGUUGGGAGGAGGAUGGAUGCGAUGGAUGGCAUCAGCGUGGAGGAAGUCAUAGUAUGAGGGAUGAGUAGUGGGGCGGUGAGCAGCGAGCUGAUUCUAUACCAAGUAUACCUAAAGCAAACAAUGAUUUCUAGAUCUUAACAACCCUAAUGCCAACGAUCCCCAUGCUAGGACGACCGUUCAGCCACCUCCCUCGAGAUGCCUGUCCCACCGGCGAGUAGGAGUUUUGUCCCAAUCGCUCCCUGUCUGCUUCUGCGGUGCGAGUCAGACUCUGACUUGGAAACCCACAAAUUGCAUCCAAGCAUCAUCCUCCUGUCGCAAGGGCAGAACUAGGGAAGGUCCGCAAUGCAAUUGAAGUCGUCGAGCUA